AUGAACUCUGAGAAAAUCACUGUCCCUUCUCUAGUGUCCCCUGAGUCUACCAUGGAAGCCUCCAGGACCAACAUCAUCUUCUCUAACAGGACAUCCAUCCCUGGCCUUGCUCAGUCCACGAUGUCACCAUACAUCGGAAUCUAUACCAGGCUCUCUACCUACCCCGACAUGACCGUUACCACAGCUAUCUCCAUGGUCCCCAAAACAGUUGUCCCUGUGGCUACUUCACAGCACACAAGUACCACGGAUGCAACAGCCACGGCCUCCUGGGCUGAGAGUCACUCCACUGGGACUCAGGGUUUUACCCACCCAAUUGUGAUCAUUAGCGAGGACACGGGUUCUGAGGUUGUGUCACAGACAAGCCCUUCCUCUGACCAAAAUACCACAUCGCCAUCCCCCCUGGAGCCCUCGAGUGCCAUGACGUCAUCUUCUCGACUUUCCCCCACAUCACAAGGCAGGGACCUUUCUCCACCCUUCCCUGCCACCUCACCAGGCACACCUGGUUCUCUGGGGAUCCCUGGCACAUUGAGCACAGGUUUGGGACCUGUGACGAAUCCACCUUCAGGUUUGAGCAGGACCUUAGGUGACACCCAGGUAAUCUCAGAAGUGUCUGCUGCUACCGAGGUACUCUACCUUUCUGGGAACACAACAGUAACAAACAUGGGCGCAAUCAUGUCUGCACAGGAGUCCCAGUCUUCUACCCCCAUGGGCUCAGAGACACCGAAAAGCACCACUGCCAUUGUCACCUCUCCUCUCAGUGGGGACACCUCAUUUUCCACUCCAAUGUCUGACCUUUCUGAAACCACAGAGUUUAGGACACAUUCAGCGUCUCUCUUUGGCCCACAACCACGGGACACCAGCACCUCCUGGCACACCAUCAUGGCCUCAGGGAAAAUGACUGUCCCUUCUGUAGUGGUCACUGACACUACCAUGGAGGCCUCCAGGACCAGCGUCAUCUCCUCCAGCAGGACAUCCAUCCCUGGCCCUUCUCAGUCCACGAUGUCACCAGACAUCCCCACAGGAAUCAACACCAGGCUUUCUACCUCUGCCCUAGGUGUUGAACCUGGGACAAUCAGCUUCAUUACCCCGAAAGGGUCUGCUGGCAGAGCCUCCUUCCCAGAACCCAGGCUUUCCAUGUCUGUAUCAGAAAAGACUUCUCACCUGAGUACAGUAAUGCUGUCCUCAUCUGAGACCAUUUCAACUGACACAUGGGUGCCUUCUUUGUCUACAGCUUCAUCUGGAGUUCCAGGAGCCAGCUCAGCCACCUUCUCAACCAGUCCAUAUUGGAGGACAGAACCAGGCCCUGGAGAUGCUAUGCCCACCAUUGCAGAGAACCUGCCUUCAUCAGCUUCAAUACCAUUCCCCUCUUCAACCUUCACUACUGCUUACUCUUCAACCAACCCAGCCCCCCAUGGGAUUACUUCCUCACUCGCUACCCAACGUAUGGUGGGCACCAGCACUGCGGCAGAGAGGAGCACUGCCAAAGGACCCUUGGUUGUGGCCAGUACUUUGGAGACGUGGACUGAGCCAGUCAGGACAUCUUUAUCAUCCAUUAUGGGUACCAGAAUGACAGAGCAUAUUCACUUGGGAACAGUGACACAUGCCUCUCAACUUCCUUCACAGUCAACACAGUUGACAAGGACUGAUGGCAUUGUGGAGCAAAUCACAAAGAAACCCGAUGAGGCAGCCCAUGGAGGAGCCACAGGACCAGCCCAUGUGUCUGUGGCACUCACAUCAUCUGCUAGUCCAAAAGGACCACCAACAGAGUGGACAGAAAGCACAGAAAUCACAGCUCUGAAGACCACCUCUACAGCAACUUUGACCACUACAGUCUCUACUCCCACUUCCGGAAUGCUGACUCUCCUCAGGACAUCAGGUAAAAUGGCCAGCACAAGCACAAGAGGAACGAUCUUUACAACCCCAGAUGUUUCCCCUGAUGUUCUAGAGAUGACAGCCUCACUGGCCACCAGACCUGGAGCAGAUACCAGCACAGAGCUUCCCAGGACAACCUCAUCUGUUUUCAACAGAGGGUCAGAAACCACACCCUCACUGGUCCCUAGUUCUGGGGCAAAGAACAGUCCCGCUGUUCCAACUCUGACUGUCUUCCCUGGUGUACCAGAAAUGGUGACCUCGCUGGUAACAAGUCCUGGGGCAGAGACAAGUAUGGUCAUUUCAACUCUAACUGAUUCCCAAGAUGAACCAGAGACCUCUGCCUCAUGGGUCACCCAUCCUGUGGUGCAGAGCAGUUCAUCCACUCCAACUCCAAAUGUCUUCCCUAGUGAGCCAGGGCUGGUGACCUCACUGGAUGCUAGUUUUGCAGCAGAGACCAGCCCAGCUGGUCAAACUCUGACUAUUUCUCCUGGUAAGCCAGAUACAAAAGUCUCAUUGAUUACACGUCCUGAGUCACAGACUGGUUCAGCCAUUCCAACUCCAACCAUCUCCCCUAGUAUAAUAGGGGUAGAAAUCUCACCAGUCACCAAUUCUGAGGCAGAAGCCAGUACAGCAUUUAUAACUCUGACUGACGAACUAGAGGCAACAGCCUCACAGGUCACCCAUGCUGGAACAGAAGCCAUUUCCACUGUUGGAGCUUUGACUGUUUCCCCUGGUGAGCCAAAUACAAGAGCCUCAUGGGCUCAUUCCACAGAGAACAGCACACCUGUUUCCAGAAUAACUCUGGAUUUUUCUCAAAGUGAACUAGACACCACACUCUCAAUGGCCACCACUCCUGGGGCAGAAGCUAGUUCAGCCACUCCAACAAUCACUGUCUCACCUGGUGUACCAGAUAUGGUGACCUCACAGGUCACUAGUUCUGGGACAGAUGCCAGUACAACCUCUUUGACUCUGACUGAAUCCCUGCAUGAAUCAGAUACAACAGUCUCCUUAGUCACUUAUCCUGCAACAUCCAGCCCAACAGUUCCCGGGACAACCCCCCAUGUUUCCCAUAGGGAAUCAGACAGCAUGCCCUCAACAGCCACCAGCCUUGAGACAGAAGCCAGUUCAGCUGCUCCAACUACACCUAUCUCCCUUGGUGUACCAGACAUGGUGACUUCACAGGCCACUAGUUCUGGGACAGGUGCCAGUAAGGUUCUUUCACCUCUGACUCUUUCUGCUGGCGAACCAGUAAGCACAGUCUCCUGGGUUAAUCAUAAUGGAGCACAGACCAGUUUUUCCGUCUCAACUCCAACUGUCUCCCCUGGUGUAUCAGAGGUGGGGACCUCACUGGUCACUAAUUCUGGGGCAGAGACCAGUGCAACUUUUCUAACUCUUACUGAUUCCUCGCAUGAUUCAGAGACAACAGCCUUAUGGGUCACCCAUUCUGCAAAGACCGGCACAUCUGUUUCCAGAAUAACUCUGCACGGUGAAUCAGACAUCUUAUUCUCAACAGCUACCACUCCAGGGGCAGAGAUCAGUUCACCUUCAGCUACAACUGUCUCACCCACUGUGCCAGGAUUGGUGACUUUAUUGGCUACCAGUUCUGAGGUGGAAGCCAAUACAACUCUCUCAACUCUGACUGAUUCACUGCAUGAACUGAAGACCACAGCCUCAUGGGUCACCCAUUCUGAGAAAAAAGCCAAGACCAGUCCAACUAUUCCCAAGGCAACCCCCAGUUUUCCCCAUAGUGAAUCAGAUACCACACACUCAGUAGCUACCAGUUCUGGGGCACAGACAAUUUCAGCCAUUCUAACUCCAGCAGGCUCCCCUGAUGUAUCAGGGGUGGAAAUCUCACUGAUCACAAGUUCUGAGGCAGAGAGCAGUACAACUCUUACAACUCUCACUGUUUCUCCAGGUCAACUGGAGACCACAGCCUCAUGGGUCACCCAUUCUGAGAAAGAAGCCAGUUCAGCUGCUCCUACUCUUACUAUUUCCCCUGAGGAGCCAGAAACAGCAGUCUCAUUGAUCACCCAUCCUGCAGAGACCAGUCCUAUAGUUCCAAGGACAAUACCCAGUGUUUCCCAUGGUGAAUCAUAUACCACACCCUUAGUGGCCACCAGCCAUGGGGCAGAAGUCAGUUCUGUUGUUCCAACUCCAACUGUUUCCCCUGGUGUACCAGAUAUGGUGACCUCACAGGUCACUAGUGCUGAGAAAGAGGCCAGUAUGGCUAUCUCGACUCUGAAUCUUUCUCCUGUGGAGUCAGUGACCACAGCCAUGAUGGUUACUCAUUCUGGGGCACAGACCAGUUCAGCCAUUCCAGCUCCAACUGUCUCCUCUACUGUGCCAGAGCUGGUGACCUCAAUGGUCACCAGUACUGGGGAAGAAGUCAGUACAAGUUUUACAACUCUGACUGUUUCUCCAGGUCAACAGGAGACCACGGCUUCAUGGGUCACCCGUUCUGGGACAGAAGCCAGUUCAGCUGUUCCAACUCAGACUGAUUUUAUACAUAAGCCAAAUAUAACAGUCUCAUUGGUCACCCAUUCUGCAGAGACCAGCCCAAACACCUCUGUCCCCACAACACCUCUGGUUUUUUCCAAAAGUGAACCAGAUACCACACACUCAAUAGCCACCAGUCUUGGGGCAGAAGUCAGUUCAGUUGUUCCAAAUCCAACCAUCUCCCCUGGUGUACCAGAUAUGGGGACCUCCCAGGCCCCUAGUUCUGAGACAGAUGCUGAUAUGACUAUUCCAAGUCUGACUCUUUCUCCUAGUGAACCAGCAACCACAGCCUUAUUGGUCACCCAGUCCAGUACAAAAACAAUCACGAAUUUUCCUAGUUCGACUGCUUUUCCUCACUUACCAGAGACCAUAGCCUCACUAUCCAUCCGGCCUCAGCUGGAGAUUAGUGCAGCUCUUCCAACUCAGACUGUUUCCCCCAGUCCAGCAGAAAUAACAUCCUUCACCACACCUGUGACCAAGACCAGUGGAGGUGAUCUAGGUCCAACUAUCUCACUUGGUGUUCCUGCAGAAACAGCCUCACUUUCCACCCAUCCUGGCACAAACGUCAGCACAGCUAUUUCAACCUCAACUCUUUCCCCCAUUUUACUGGAAACCACAGGCUUACUGGCCCCCAGCCCUCCAUCAAAUGCCAGCACCAGUAUCCCAACUUUGACUCCUGGUGUUCUUGGGCCUGUCAGUACCCCUGCAACCACUGGUGAACCCUCACCACCUGUGACUUCAGUUGGACUCCCUGAAUUGUCCAAAACUGUGACUCUGAUAGCAUCAGAGACCCCAACACCACCGAAAACUGGUCACAGAGAAGGACUGAGUUCAACCACUGUCCUGAAAACCACAACUCUUGAGACCACCAAUGUAGCUGCUACAGGUUCAGGCCCCAUCAUGGCAGAGAACACAACCACCUUCAGUACAUCAGCAGGAAGUCCCUUUGUCCCUGAGACCUCACCUGGGACAUCCACCAUGACCUCUCUGAGUGUGACUUCAGAAACAGAUAAUGCUGCUAUGAAUCCCAGGCCUGACUUAGGACUGGGCUCAUUUUCUCUUCCCACCACCACAGCUGCAGUUCCUUUCUUGAUUCCUUUUACUGUCAACUUCACCGUCACCAACCUGUACUACACAGAGGACAUGGAAAACUCAGGCUCUGAGAUAUUCAAUGCCACUGAGAGAAACCUGCAGCACCUGCUCAGGACUUUGUUCAAAAACAGCAGCAUUGGUUCCCUCUAUGCUGGCUGCAGGCUGACCUUGCUCAGGGCUGAAAAGGAUGGAACAAGCACCAGAAUGGAUGCGGUCUGCACCUACCACCCAGGUCCCACAGGCUUUAGGCUGGACAGAGAGCAGUUGUACUGGGAGCUAAGUCAGCAGACCCGUGGUGUCGCUCAGCUGGGCCCUUACACCCUGGACAGGGACAGUCUCUGUGUCAAUGGUGAGUACCUCCAUUCUUCUUCUUCCCCUUCUUCUUCUUCUCCUUCCUCCCCUCCUCCUCCUUCUUCUUCCUCUUCCUCUUCCUUUUCCUCUCCUUCCCCUUCCCUUCUCCUCCUCCUCCUCCUUCCUCUUCUCCUUUCCUAUGGUUAUAAUCCUCAGUACUGGAUCCCCACCACCAGCUCUGCAGGUGUGGGUCCUGACCUGGUGCCAUUCACUCUCAACUUCACCAUCACCAACCUGCUCUACACCCCAGACAUGAGGCGCCCAGGCUCCAUUAAGUUCAACUCCACUGAGAGGGCCCUGAAUCGCCUGCUUGGUCCCUUGUUCAAGAACACCAGUAUUGGCCCACUGUACUCUGGUUGCAGACUGUCCUUGCUCAGGACUGAGAAGGAUGGAGCAGCAACUGGAGUGGAUGCCAUCUGCACCUACCAUCCUGACCCCACAGGCCCCAGGCUGAACAGAGAAGAAUUGUACCAGGAGCUGAGUCAGUUGACCCACAGUGUCACGCAGCUGGGCACCUACAUCCUGGACAGAGACAGUCUCUAUGUCAAUGGUUAUAACCAUCGGUACUGGACCCCUACCACCAGCACUCCAGUGACUUCCACAUUCUCUCCCGAAUCUUCCACAACUCUGUCCCCCACCCUCAGCUCUACAGGUGUGAGCCUGUCUCUGGUGCCCUUCACCCUCAACUUCACCAUCACCAGCCUGCGCUACACAGAGGACAUGGGAUCCCCAGGAUCUCAGCUAUUCAAUUCCACAGAGAGGAUCUUGAAUCGUCUGCUCAAACCCUUGUUCCAGAACAGCAGUAUUGGGCCUCUCUAUUAUGGCUGCAGGUUGACCUUGCUCAGGCCUGAGAAAAAGGGAAUAGCUACCGGAGUUGAUGCUGUUUGUACUUACCAUCCUGACCCUGCGGGCCCUAAGCUAAACAGAGAGAAGCUGUACUGGGAGCUGAGCCAGCAGACCCAUGGUGUCACCCAGCUGGGCUCCUUUACCCUGGACAAGAACAGCCUCUGUGUCAAUGGUGAGCAACCUUUUUGUAACCACCAGUUGAAGCAGAGAAUCUGCCCCCAGGAAGGGAUGUUACAACCACUGGACCUCGGCCCCCACACCCAGUGCUGCCGUGACCCCCAUGCUCUUUCCAAGGACCUCGGUGGUGCCAACCCACUUCUCCAGCUACACAGGCAUGGCCUCCUUUUCCCUUCCCCUGCUACAGCAGCGGUUCCUUUCCUGGUGCCGUUCACCCUCAACUUCACCAUAACCAACCUGCACUACGAAGAGAGCAUGCGGCAUCCAGGCUCUUGGAAAUUCAACUCCACAGAGAAGAUCCUGCAGGGUCUACUCAAAUUCCUGUUCAGGAAUAGCAGUCUGGGAUUCCUCUAUUCAGGCUGUAGACUGGCUUCCCUCAGGCCUGAGAAGGAUGGGGCAGCCACCAGAGUGGAUGCCAUGUGUAUGCAUCACCCCAACCCUGAAGGCCUGGGACUCGACAGAGAGCAGCUGUACUGGGAGCUGAGCCAGCUGACCCAUGGCAUUGCCCUGCUGGGCCACUACACCCUGGACAGGAACAGUCUCUAUGUCAAUGGUUUCACCCAUCAGAGCUCUGCACCCAUCACCAACACUCCAGGGACCUCUACAGUGCACCUGGGUACCUCUGGGACUCCAUCCUCCUUUCCCAGCUCCAGCCCCAUGGGUUAUACCCAUCAGGUCCUGACCUCCACCCCCAGCACCACUGGUCUUGCCCCGGUGCCGUUUACUCUCAACUUCACCAUCACUAACCUGCAGCACCAGGAAGGUAUGAGUCGCCCUGGUUCCUGGAGGUUCAACAGCACCCAGAGAAACCUGCAGAGGCUGCUUGGACCCUUGUUCAAGAACACCAGUGUGGGGCCCCUCUACUCAGGCUGCAGGCUGACCUUGCUCAGGCCCGAGAAGGAUGGGGCGGCCACUGGAGUGGAUGCCAUCUGCACCCAUCGCCCUGACCCCGUGGGCCCUGGGCUGGACAGAGAGCGGCUGUACCAGGAGCUGAGUAAGCUGACCCGCGGCAUCACCAGGCUGGGUCCCUACACCCUGGACCCAGACAGUCUCUACAUCAAUGGUUACACCCGCCAAACCCAGGCUACCACCCCCAGUGCUGCUGGCCCUGCCCCGGUACCCUUCACCCUCAACUUCACCAUCAUCAACCUGCAUUACACGAAGGCCAUGCGGCCGGGCUCUGCGAAGUUCAACUCCACAGAGUCAGUCAUACAAGGCCUGCUCAAGCCCUUGUUUGCCAACAGCAGCAUUGGGUCACUCUACACUGGCUGCAGAGUGACCACGCUAAGGCCUGAAAAGAGUGAAACAGCCACUGGAGUGGACGCUGUCUGCACCUACCAACCUGACUCCUCGGGUCUCCAGCUGGAUAGGGAGCGGCUCUACUGGGAGCUGAGCCACCAGACCCAUGGUGUCACUCAGCUUGGUUCCUACAUCCUGGACAGGGACAGUCUCUAUGUCAACGGUUACACCAGACCACCACUGACCUCCAUCCCCAGUGUUCCUGUGACUUUCACGCCCUCAGGGACCUCUGCAGCUCCAAUCUCCUUCUCCAGCUCCACAGUCUCUGGCCCUGACCUGGUUCCAUUCACCCUUAACUUCACCAUCACCAACCUGCGCUACACGGAGGACAUGCAGCUUAUGGGCUCUGCCAAGUUCAAUGAAACAGAGAUGACCUUGCAGAGCCUGCUCAGACCCUUAUUCAAGAAAACCAGUGUCGGCCCCCUCUACUCUGGCUGCAGACUGACCUCGCUCAGGCCCCAGAAGGCUGGAGCAGCCACCCGCGUGAACGCCGUCUGCUUCCGCCGCCCCGACCCCACGGGCCUCGCGCUGGACAGAGAGCGGCUGUACUGGGAGCUGAGCCGGCUGACCCAUGGCGUCACCAGGCUGGGCCACUACACCCUGGAGGAGGACAGUCUCUGUGUCAGUGGCUACACCCACCAGACACCAGUAACUGCCCCCAGUGGUGAGUACGCGGCGGGUCUUCAGACUGCCCCCCCAAUCAGGGAAAGAAGCAGCAGACCCCCGCCCACACCUCCAGCUGUCGGGGAGGGCAGGGGUCGGGGAUGCAGACUGGGAGUUCACUGCACCACUGGACGACCGCUGGUGCCAUUCACUCUCAACUUCACUGUCACCAACCUGCACUAUACGGAGGACAUGCAGCCUCCAGGCUCCCGGAAAUUUAACAGCACAGAGAAGUCCCUGCGGCUCCAGCUCGGACCCUUGUUCAAGAACACCAGUGUGGGCCCCCUCUACUCAGGCUGCAGGCUGACCUUGCUCAGGCCCGAGAAGGAUGGAGCGGCCACUGGAGUGGAUGCCAUCUGCACCCACCGCCCUGACCCCGUGGGCCCUGGGCUGGACAGAGAGCGGCUGUACGAGGAGCUGAGCCAGCUGACCCGCGGCAUCACCAGGCUGGGUCCCUACACCCUGGACCCAGACAGUCUCUAUAUCAAUGGUUACACCUGCCAGACCCAGGCCACCACCCCCAGUGGUGAGUGUCCAGAGGCUUCCGAAGUCUCUGCAACCCUGAUGACGAGGUCCCCACCCCGAGAGCACUGGUUUGCUGCCAGCUUCUACGGUGACAGAGUGUACAUCAUUGGUGGGGGCCGUGUUGGGCUGUGGGCCUCCCCUGUGCCGAAAGAGGGCUUCUACUGCAGCAGGAUUCUUCAUGAGUUCGGAUCUCCACUGGGGGUUCACAUUUCCAAGUUCUGUUACACCCAUCCAGCUUCAGCCACCACCCCCAACACCACUGGCCCCACUCUGGUGUCCUUCACCCUGAACUUCACCAUCACCAACCUGCACUAUACUCAAGACAUGCGGCACCCAGCUUCUUCCAAGUUCAACUCCACGGAGAGGAUCCUCCAGCAGCGGCUCAGGCUUUUGUUCAGUAAGACCACUAUCGGGCCCCUCUACGCUGGCUGCAGACUGGCCUCGCUCAGGCUUGAGAAGGGCGGAGCAGCCACCGGAGUGGACAUCUUCUGUGCCAUCCGCUCUGAUUCCGCAGACCCCAGGCUGGACAGGGAGCAGUUGUACUGGGAGCUGAGCCGUGAGACCUAUGGCAUUACCCAGCUGGGGCCCUUCACCCUGGACAGGGACAGCCUCUAUGUCAACGGUUACACCUAUGGAACCAUAAUACCGACUACCACUACUGGGGAGGUCAGUGAGGAGCCAUUCACGCUGAACUUUACCAUCGACAACCUGCGCUACUCAGCGGAUAUGGGCCACCCCGGCUCCCUCAAGUUCAACAUCACAGACAGCCUCAUGCAGUACCUGCUUGGCCCGUUGUUCCAGAGGAGCAGCCUAGGAACCCGAUAUGCAGGCUGCAAAGUCACUUCACUAAGGUCUGUGAAGAAUGGUGCCAAAACAAGGGUGGACAUCCUCUGCACCUACCGGCAGCCCCCUAGCAGCCCGGAUCUGCCUGCCAAGCAGGUGUUCCAUGAGCUGAGCCGGCAGACCUGCGGCAUUACCCGGCUGGGUCCCUAUUCUCUGGACAAGGACAGCCUCUACCUCAAUGGUUAUAAUGAACGUGGUCCAGAUGAGCCUCCUACAACUCCUGAGGCAGCCACCACAUUCCUGCCUCGUUCAUCAUCACCUACACAACCAGAAGCCACCACAGCUAUGGGAUACAACUUGAAGACCCUUACACUCAACUUCACCAUCUCGAACCUCCAGUAUUCAGUGGACAUGAGCAAUGGCUCAACUAUGUUCAACUCCACCAAGAGGACCCUGCAGCGCCUGCUUGGAUCCUUGUUCCAGAAGAGCAGUUUGGGCCCCUUCUACUCAGAUUGCAGACUAAUCUCCCUCAGACCUGAGAAGGAUGGGCCAACCACCCAUGUUGAUGCCAUCUGCACCUACCGCCAUGACUCCAUGGGCCAUGGACUUGACAGAGAGCAGCUUUACUGGGAGCUGUACCAGCUGACCCAUGGUGUCACCCAGAUGGGCUUCUAUACCCUGGUCCAUGACAGCCUCUUCGUCAAUGGCUAUGCACCCCAGAGUUUAUCUACCCAGAGGGAGUAUCAGCUAAAUUUCCGCAUCAUCAACUGGAACCUCAGCAACCCAGACCCCACAUCCUUGGAGUACACAGCCCUGUGGAGGGACAUCCAGGACAAGGUCACCAAACUCUACAGAGGCAGCCAGCUACAAGAUAUAUUCCACUCCUGCCUGGUCACCAAUUUGACGUUGGGCUCCAUGUUGGUCACUGUCCAGGUACUGUUCUCUUCCAAUGUGGACCCCAGCGUGGUGAAGAAAGUCUUUCUGGACAAGACCCUGAAUGUCUCAUCCCACUGGCUAGGGGCCACCUAUCAGCUAACGGACCUGCAUGUGACAGAAGUGGAGCCAUCAGCUCAUCUACCAACAGACAUACCAACAAGCAGUCCCAGCCCUGAGCACUUCCAGCUGAAUUUCACUGUUACCAACCUACUCUAUUCCCAGGACAUAGCCCAGCCAGGCACCACCAAACACCGGCAGAACAAGAGAAGUAUUGAGAAUGCGCUCAACCAGGUCUUCCGAAACAGCAGCAUCAAGAGUUUUUUCUCUGGCUGUCAAGUUUUAGCAUUCAGGUCUGUUCCACACAGUAGCCACACUGGGGUGGAUUCACUGUGUAACUUUUCACCAUUGUUUCGGAAACUGGGCAGAGUUGCCAUUUAUUUGGAGUUCCUGAGGCUGACCAAUAAUGGCACCCAGCUGCAGAACUUUACCCUGGACAGAAACAGUGUCCUUGUGGAUGGGUAUUCUCCCAACAUAAAUGAUGUCUUAACUGAGAAUUCUGACCUCCCCUACUGGGCCAUCAUCCUUAUCUGCUUGGCAGGACUCCUGGUACUCAUCACAUGCCUGAUCUGCUGCUUCCUGGUCAACGUCUGCCGGCGGAAGAAGGAGGGAGGCUACGAGGUUCAGCAGCACAGCCUGGGCUAUUACCUGCCUCAUCUGGACCUGAGGAAGCUGCAGUGAGAGCUCUGCCUGGGGGCUCCAACAGGAAUAACCACACUGGAAUAGGAAUAAACCACACUGGUCAGACACAG